AUUCGGUAGAUAAAAUCGCAGAUGUGACCCGAUAUAGCUUUUUCAUGUGAUAGAGAACUAUCUUUCUUCAUUAACUCGUGAAAUGUAUGAACAAUGGUAAUAUGACGUCAACAUGCUUCUUAGAAGAUUUCGAGCAGGAAUAUUUGGAAAAAUACGGGUAUCUACGGACUAUACCGAGAGAGAUUUCAAACAGAAAGAUCCAGGUCCACUCGAAGCUAGACCGAAAACAUGCCAUCAGGUUAUAUCAAGAGUUCUUUGGUCUCAAACCGACUGGGGGAUUAAAUAAAAAGACGGUUAAAGUAAUGAAAGAACCGCGCUGUGCAUUUCCGGACCAGAGAGAGGAUGAUCCAUACUCCCCUGUUAGAAAUUUCCAUUUUUACAGAUAUUACCCAAGAUGGCGGCGGUCUAUAUUAACCUGGAGGGCCAGUAAAUACACAAAGAAGAUAUCGCCAUUAGGUCUAUGGAAGACGUUGAAGAAGGCUUUCAACACCUGGUCCUCGGUCACAGGGUUGCGCUUCCUGUACACGAGACAGACGCCCGAUAUCCAGAUCGACUUCGAGCACGGAAACCACGGUGACGGAGCGGGCCUGGCUUUUGACGAAACGGUGAAUUUUUGUUGUUUAAGCCGAUACUGUUGCAGAGGGGUCGUCGGUCACGCGUUCGGGCCCGGGACGUACACGAUAUCCGGUGACAUUCACCUGGACACGGACGAAGACUGGACCCUAGACGUAGACCCUAAAUCUGGAGUCAACCUUCUUGGGGUGGCCAUUCAUGAAAUAG